UGUGCAGGACCAGGACCUGGGCCAGACUGUACUGAAUCUGCCUUAUGAAUUUGUAGCUCAUUAAACAAACAGCAGCAUUUUUUUUCCACUAUAUGUUAUGCAUAAUAAAACACACCACUGGAACAGCCCAUUCAUCUGAGAGCAAGAAAAACUAAGACAUUCCAUAAUUGUGGAUAGCUUCAGUACAGUUACCUCGCGCGCGCAAACGGAGCUCCUCUAAAGCGCGCGCACGUGCAGCUCAGGGUAGGGCGCGUUCCUGAGAGCGAGCGCUCUCGUGCACUCUGCGUGCGCAUCUGUCCUCUGUUCUCACACAUCUGGAAUUAUAACCCUGGAAAAGAAACGAUUACACUAGUAUUUCGAUCUCAGAAGAUCUCACGGAAACUGAUGGAUCCUCCAGCGGUGACCGGGAGCGGAUUUGAAGAGCGUUAUAUAGUCAUGGCAUAUAAUGAGAACUUUUCGGCACCGACUCGGUUUCCGUUUAACAGGAGCGCAGAGCAGAGCGCCGUGAGCGAGAGAACAUCAGUGAUCAUCGCCAUCUCCAUCACGGCGAUUUACUCCGCCAUCUGCGCGCUGGGGCUCCUUGGAAACCUACUGGUUAUGUACGGCGUGGUCAGGUACACAAAGAUGAAGACAGCAACCAACAUCUACAUUUUCAAUUUGGCUCUGGCAGAUGCUUUGGCUACCAGCACUCUGCCGUUUCAGAGUGCCAAGUACCUGAUGAGGACCUGGCCUUUUGGGAAACUGCUGUGUAAAAUAAUCAUUGCUAUUGACUACUACAACAUGUUUACCAGUAUCUUUACUCUGACAAUGAUGAGUGUAGACCGAUACAUUGCUGUAUGCCACCCAGUGAGAGCUCUUGAUUUCAGGACACCUGUCAAGGCGAAAAUCAUCAACGUCUGCAUCUGGAUCCUGUCAUCAGCCAUCGGUAUUCCAAUUAUGAUCAUUGCUGUAACAAGAGACGCGGACAAUGGUAAGACCAUCUGUAUGCUGAAAUUUCCCAACCCUGAAAGAUAUUAUGACAAUGUGACAAAGAUGUGUGUGUUCAUCUUUGCCUUCGUGGUGCCUGUUUUGGUGAUUUCAGUCUGCUAUGGGCUGAUGAUUCUGCGUCUAAAAAAUGUACGCUUGCUCUCUGGUUCCAAAGAGAAGGACAAGAACCUGCGCCGCAUUACUCGUAUGGUGCUGGUAGUGGUUGCAGCCUUCAUUAUCUGCUGGACACCCAUCCAUAUCUUCAUCAUAAUCAAGACCUUUAUAGAGAUUGACUAUAAGAACCCACUUGUGAUCAUUAGCUGGCACUUGUGCAUCGCUCUGGGCUACAUGAACAGCAGUCUAAACCCAGUACUGUAUGCAUUCCUCGAUGAGAACUUCAAGAGAUGCUUUCGAGAAUUUUGCCUGCCGUUUCGCUCUCACAUGGACCAGAACAGCUUUUCCAGAGCCCGCAAAACCAUCAAGGAACCCGUCUCAGUCUGUGGGACAACAGAUUCUGUCAGAAAGCCCACAUGACUAGCCCUCGUCCAGGGAUCACCUGGACGAACAAAUAGAAGCCAGCAGGACCUACAGUCUGAGUGCACUCAAAUCUCAACUACUGAGUUCUGAGUCACCCCAAACCAAAUUUUUACGACCACAUAUUUAAAAGUGAAUUCAUAUAAAUCAACAUGUAUCAAAUGGUUUACUUUAUAUUCACAAAAUCUAAUUAUAUUCUAACUCAGUAUAUAUCCUACAAAUUUGGGACAAAUUCAAGUUGGAUUCACAGACAAGAUCAGUUUUUUUCUGAUUAUAUGUAGACUAUAGACAAAGGUUUGUAAAUACCUGACCAAAACACUUGCACUUCUCAAUUUAGGUGUAGUACUUUCUUUGUUUUCACAUUUUUUCUUCAGUUGCUUUGGAGCAUUUCUCAUAUCAUACUUAAUAUUUGCAAACCAGUAAGUGCAUUCUUAAAACAAUUUGUACAAACAGCACAAUACAUUGGAUUUCAUGCAAAAGCCAGAACUUUUCCCAAAAUCCUUAGUUCAUCUCUCAAAAGUAAGUGAUUGUGUCAAUAAACACUUCAUUGCCAUCAGAAUGACAAGUCCUUUUGUCAUUGUUCACAAACAAGAUCGUCAAAAUGUUUAGUUAAGUUGUCAGUAUGAUGCUGCACUGUUUACGUAUUUCCUGAAGUAAACUACGGUUUGGAUUACAAUGAUUAAAAAUGCACAAGGCUAAAUUUCUUCUCUAUGGUUUAUAUGAAUUUCAGCAGCACAAAUGUAUUUAUCUGAUUGCAUGAGACUGGACAGGAUUUACACUUUUACUCAUUCAUUAUUCAUCAAUUUAAGAAACAUUUACCCCAAAAAAAGUUUAAUAGAAAUUUAAGGUUGACAGAUUCUGACAACUGGUUUAACCAUUUUACAUUCAAUGACUUGAAUUCAUGAACUGCUGCCGAGAUGUUUUAGGAGUUUAUUCAGGUAAUACCAGCAUAAUAUAUAUUUGAUCAACAUGACAUACACAUCUGAUAAUGUAGGAAACAACAGACACUUGUACACAAUCGAUUUAAUGUAUGUACCAAAGCAUUCGCAAUUUUAUCAAAGCAACAAGAAAUGUUUUUAUGAUGAGCACAAAUGAUUAAAUGAUGUGGAGGUUGAACAUUUCUGAUCUGAGAAACGCUCCAAAGCAACUGAGAAAAACUGUAAGACAUCCAUUACUUCAGGAAGUAAUAAUACAUUGUACACUAACCUAUAAA